AUGACGUUCGUUGCGAGCCUUGUGUACAACGUGAGGAAAGUGGUGAUCCCACUGGUUUCCAUGAUUGUUUUCAUCGAGAAUAUACUUCUGCUGAUGGUUAUUCAGGUCCCGACAGUUUACUGUCUGCCCACAAACUCUGCCUUGGCGCAGUCGCUCUUGGAUUUCACUAAGAAGCUGUUUGUGAUUACACUAACCUCGAUCUUAUCUGUCGUGGCCCCAGCCCAUGUGAGAAUCACGACAGACAAUGAUAGUAUCCCUGCUGGGACAAUCUAUAUGGAUAUUGCCAAAGGGAGGGUGUCCUCACAGCUGCGUCCGGACUCGGUCACCAUUUGCAACCACCAGAUUUACACAGAUUGGAUCUACCUGUGGUGGCUUGCCUAUACUUCUAACUUAGGGGGCAGGGUGCACAUAAUGUUGAAGAAGUCGUUGCGUAGGAUCCCUAUCCUGGGUUUUGGGAUGAAAAAUUUCAAGUUCCUAUUCAUGAACCGGAAAUGGGCUGACGACCGUGUCAAUGUGGUCAAUAACUUGAGAGAACUAGACGCCAACGCUAGAGGGUUAGGCCCCCUUCACGGCGGGAAACCUAUGACAACCACCGAGAACGGCACUAAAGUUUGGAACCAAAGUACGCAGCCAAGUUACACUGAAGAACUGAGAGGCGAUAGAUUCUGGCCAUAUAACUUCAUUCUGUUCCCUGAAGGUACGAAUUUGACCCAAAACACGAGAAACAAGACUGAAAUCUACGCGAAGAAAGUUAAUAAGACCCCCUUUAGACACGUUUUGAUGCCGCAUGUUACUGGACUGAAAUUCACCUUGGAAACCUUGGAACCCAGUUUGGACAUUCUGUACGAUGUCACCGUCGCCUACUCUGGCGUGAAGCCCUCAGGGUAUGCCGCUGAUAGCUAUGGUCUGAAAAACAUCUUCUUGGAGGGGCAAUAUCCAAAGUUGGUUGACAUUUACGUGAGAGCCUUCGAUAUCAAAAGCAUCCCAAUAAAGGAUGAUGAACAAUUCGAGAAGUGGGUUGAGAAGGUCUGGGCAGAAAAAGAUGAGCUCAUGAACAACUAUUACGAGACAGGCGGGUUCGCUUUAGACCCAGCCAAAACGAGCUCUCUUACGAGCGUGUUCAACGUUUGCAGAUACGAAUUCGUGAUGAUCUCGGUACUACCUUUCAUCACGUUACUAUGGAUGUUGAAAUCCUUCUUCUACUCGCUCUUUUAA